CAUGGUGGGCAUAAAUAACAGGGGUGUAUUAAAAUGUCAACUCUUGAAAUAUAGCUUGAUUUAUGAAAAGUUUUCAAUAAUUAUAAUUGUGUAUUUAAAGUCUUUUCUAUAACUAGCUAACCGCUGAAAACCGAACCCUGUGCAAACUACUAUUUGUAAUUUUGGUCAGCUUUCGAUUUGCUAUUGUUCUUGGUUUAUUUCAUUUUCGACCUCGGUUUGGCUUCUUUGAUUCCAUCUAGUUAUAAUUAAUUAUAUAGCUUAAAUAAUUAACCAAGAUAAAAGUGAGAAUGACAUUAUAAGUGUAAAAUAAAAGUGGAUAGUGUGGAACUAAAGAUAAACAUUGCUGGCUAAAUGUUUGUAAAAUUGAAUGGUACUUAUAGCUUUUAUGUUAAAGAUGUUUGUUAGCUUAAAAUUGCAUGGUACGGUGUAGAUAAAAGGGAGCUUUUCAUACAUAUAUUUAUAUGUGAUGACUGAUAAGCAAUUAAAACUCGAACGUUUUGUAGGAACUAUUUUUUUUUUAAUAUGUAGAGAAUUAAAAAAACGAAAAGUAUAGGUAUAAAGUAUAGAAAAAUUAACCAGGAAGGAGAAAACAUAAGAAAAGAUAAGUGCUAAACGAUAACUAAGAGAAGAGUAAAAGCGUCUUUCAUGCAAAGCGUGUUGCCAUACUAAGUAGUGGAUUGGGAUAAGUAACUUUUCAGAAUUUGGUACAUUUCAAAAUGAUUUCUUAAAUAUGAAUAUGCUAUGUUUAGUCAUGCUAUAAAUAACUCCAUUCGCAGUUAAUCGCUGUUAAGUGGAAAUUAAUUGUAAAUUUUGUUUUAGAAUCUAACUUAAAACGAUUUUGAUUCAAGUGUGAGAUUAAGCUUUUUUUUUACUAGUACGUUGACGUAUCUAUAUUCUCUCUUGUACUUUAUUCAACUCGAUAGCUUUGUUGUUGAAUAUAUGUGUUGUAAUUUUAUAAUUAAUAAGGCUUUAAUUUUUAGUUUUUUUUUUUUUUGUAGUUUUAGUUCAAGUUUUUUAAGUCCGAAUUGACAAUUCCAAUCGUCGUACUUGUGUACGUGUCAUCAUUCAUCUCUUUCUUACGCAAAUCCUUAUAAGUUCCACGUUGUGUAUGGGUUAGUUUCCGCGAUAUUUCCUUUUUGUUUUGUAUGUACUGGGAGUUUUGGUAGCCAUGACUUGCUGACACGUUCAUUAUCGACAGAAAUCAAAAUUAUACGAUACUGGCAUCACCUUCAGCUUUCGUUGUUUUCUUCCUUUUUAUAUCAUUUGUUGUUUCUGUUUCGUUAUCAUUGCUUUUAUUUAAGUUUUAUCGGUUGUUAUUUUUGUGGUAGGCUUUCAUUCUCGUGUUCGUUUCUUUUUGUUCGUUGACGGUUGUAUAGUUUAAGGGGGGUGAUGAUUUAAUUUUACAAGAAAAGUCUUGAUGAGGGGUUCAAUAGACUUCAACAGAGCAGAGCUGUGUAAACGACGUAGAAUCGCUCGACAUAGGAAAGUACUGUGAACAUAACGAAACAGUCAUUUGGAAUAGGAACUCACAAUUUAUAAAAAUUGUUAGAGCGAUACGAAUAUUAAAUAAAGUGAGAACGUAGUGGAGACGGAGGCUCCAAAAGCGCACGCAAUGCUGGUGAAGUGGAAGUGAUCACAUGAAAAAUUGCUGAGCCAAGCAGCAGCUAAAACAACAGCAGCAGCAUAAUUUGGUCGUCAAUUUCAAUUUGCAACAGCAGUAAAUGCAACUGUAAUCCAAUCAGCAACAACAGUAACAAUAUCACCAAAAGCCGUUUGAUCAUAUAUCAUUACCAACAUUUCAUGAAAUAAAUGCUAACAUAAGGCAGUUGCAAAUUGUUAACUGCAUGGUCUUUUACAGUUUCCAGCGACAUUUCAAUUCAUAUAUUCCUGUUUGAAAAUUUAACUCUACACAUGUAAAGUGGAUAUUUAAGCGUGUACAACUAAAUCUUUUUUAUAUUGGCGAAAUGGUAUCGACGCGUCAAAUGGCCACAAAUUGUGGCAACGGCAUACACAAUCAAAAUUCUGCCACUUCAGAUUCCGCCCGACUCAAUCCAAUGUCCACACAAACUCAACGUGGUAUGAUAGCAGCAACAACAAUGCCUACACGUCAAUGUGGCCAUCAUCAGAACAUUCAACAAAACCAACAACAACAGCUGGUUAAAGGGAAUGACACAGCCGCCACCUCUGCCACAAUAGAGAAUACAGUCACAGUGCAGUUACUUGAUAUGCCCGUCGAAGUUUUAGCCAAAAUAUUUGCCUAUGUAGGCUAUCGCAAAGUUGGUCAAAUGAGAGUAAUUUCUCGCAGAAUGAACGACGUUUGUAUGGACAUAUUGAAUUCGACAUUUUCACGUCUUAUUACGCAAACAUAUAAUCGUUUUCAUGCCAUUAAAGCGAAUAUGCCGCGUCGCGAAUCUGCGCGUCGCAAUCAUCCAUUGGCAUGUGAAUGUGAUAUUAUUGAAACAUGUUAUAUGCGUUUGUCGCUGUUGCAAAUGACUUUUGGUAAACAUAUCGAACGUGGCCACUGUUGUUUCUUUCCAGGAGCCAUUUUAGAUGAAGUAUACAAUAUUUUAACUUACAUAAGGAAUACACCGCGUCUUGAGCGGCCUUAUCGGGUUACCGAUGAACUUUUUGAUCUCUCUACAAUGGCCAUGGAAUACUUUAGGGAUCGUAUUGAACAAACGUUGCCCGAUAUUGCUUACUUUAAUAAGGACUUUUUUAAAUUGCCCACCACCACAAAAAGACCUGCUUUGGUUGCAUCUGUUGAUCAUGCGGAUAGCGCCUCAACGUCGCCACCACAAAGUAACAUGGUAUUGCGUAAAGGUAUACGUAAAAUCAAGCAAGGCAUGAAAAUAUACAAUAACCAGUUGUCGGUAUUGCGAAAUGAGCUACGCACUUGUAAACGAAAAUCGUCGGAGCAGGGCAAGCAAAUUGCCGAACAGCAAAAAUUGUUGGCCGAACAGCAGAAACAAACAUUGGAGUACGCCAAUCGCUUGGACGAGAAUGAUAAGAAAAACGAAGAGAUGGCACGUAAAUUUUCGACUUUGUUGCAGGAACUCAAUAAGUGUAAAACCGAACUGCAAUAUUGGCGCUCCAAAAGUCCAGCCAUACCGAUUUGUACUUCAUGUGGACAAAAGUUGGCACCGUCACUACCGCCGCCCGAAGAUUUUCAAGCAUUGGUCAAUCAAGGUGUUAAACCCGAGGACAUAAUACUGAAUUUAGGUGACGAUACCGACAUUGGAAGGAAUGAAAAUGCGUAUGAAACUCACAGUGGCGCAUUAACAGCAAUACCGACACAAUUGACGCAAGCUGCGUCAGUAUUUGCAUUUCCGGAUAAAGAUACUACCGCAAAACUGUUGGCCGUUAGCAGCACGGUAAACAAGAAUCAACUGAAGCGUCAACAUUUUAGUGCCAGUUCAAUGUCCUCCAACUUGCCAACUGCAAGCAAUGAUGGUCAUAGCGCUUUCAAUAUUUAUGCCGGUGGCAGUAGCAGCAAUAACGGUAAUAGCGCUAAUUGUUGCAGCUGUCAGCUGAAUACAGCUGCUGACAAUCAGCCUGCUGGCACGCAUACAAAUGCAACAACAAGCAAUGAAAAUUUUAAAGAAUUUAGCAAUGCCACCGACGCUGAUAAUGGACGCAUGUGCGCAGUUGCGCAAUCGCUGCCAAGCGAGAUGACAAAUCGCUUGAGUUAUGUGCGCGGUAGCAAUAUAAUACGAACUACCGCAACCGCUGCCAGCAACAGCAACAAUAAUUGGUAUGGCCUGCAACUGGAGCGGCAACAAAACAAUCCGACCACAAACAUUUCUAAAACGAUUGGAGGAGAUAUUGCUGUAAGCGCUGAUCUGACGGAUGAGCUGAUAGCAACAGUCUCUUAUGGCGUCAUGGACAGCGCUAGCAGCAUUAAAUUGCCACAAGUAGUGGGCGCGCGCUCACAUAAAAGCGUUAUCGUUAGUCCAGCCAUGUUGUUAGCCACCAAAGGCGGCAGCUGCAAUGGUGAGCCCCAUGUCGGCAUACAAUUGACAGCCAAGGGAGUCAGUGAUAUAAAUGUUGAAAAUAGCAGCGGUGCAAUGCCAUUACUAUCUGGCGCCAUAGAUGGUAGCAGUGGUGGUGUUGGUGGUGAUGGUGAGGAGCUGUCGGUGGAGCAUGUUGUUAGCUUACAGGCAAUCACCUCACACGAUACAAAAAAAGCACGUAGAGUACAAAAAGCCACGAGAUGUUUAAAUGGUAGUGGCAAACGCAGUAAAUAGUAAUCUUAUAUCUAUAAUAUUUUAAAUGUAACACUUUUACUGUAGUGUUUUCCUUUUACUAUUCGAAUACAUAAAAUAAGAGUGAUGGUAGAAUGAAAAACCAGAAAGGGAAAAGUGAAAAAUUAGAAAAGCGUACCAGUAUGCUACCGAAAGAAAAAAACAACAACAACAACAAUAAAAACAUAUAAAUGUAAGGAAUGGCAGUAACGGCAAUAGUUCGCAGUUGGCUUUGUGGUUUUCUAUUAAACAAACUGUAACACACACAUACAUAUAUUUGCAUAUAAUUUAAUGCAGUUAUAUACAUAUGUAUUGUAUUCAGUUGGAAAUAAAAAAUUCUAACUUCGUAGGCAUCGUGAUAAUUUUUUUUUUUAAUAUUAAUUUUCCAUUGUAAAUUUUUACUGCAAAUUAUUUUUUAAACACAAUAAAUACAGUCUUCAAAAAUGUCUCAACGUCCCAACUAGUUGGCACUUUCACACACCCAUAUACAACAUACACACGUGUAAACGCAUUUUGUAACGUACACAUAUAAAUAAAUAUAAUAAUUAUUAUUAUAUAACACGCAAAAUAUUGUAACGUUUGAAAAUAACAAAAGGGGGAAAAUGCAAAGAGCUAACGUUUCAAAUGUUAAAAAGGCAUAGAGCAUUGUACGAUAUGUAGACUCUCAAAAACUAUGUGUUUAAAAUCAAACUAUACAUAUACCCAAAAUACAAUAAACAUUAAUAUUUGAAUUGGUUAAAAACAAUAGCCAGCAAAAGAGAACAACAAACAUUACUAAUUGUGUGUUGUUCGCUAUUUUUUCUCAUUACUAAUAUUUAGCGAAAAAAAACGCCAACGAAUUCAUAUUUUUUAUUUUAUUUUGCAUAUAGCAAACUCAAAAACAAACAAAAAAUAAACAAAAAGAACUGUAGUUUGAAACUUAAUGACAGAUAAAUUGGCGUUUUAGCAGUUUUAAGUUUUCUGUGUAUGAAAUAAAAAUGAUUUAAAACCAA